GUCAAGAGGGGGGGCGAGUGGUGACGAAAAACGUUCUUCUGCUGCCUAGAGUAGCCUAUUGGCCGGGCGGCUGAUAGUUUUUUCUGGGGCGGGUUGUGGAGGUUUGCUACGGAAGGUGGAGCGGGUCUUAGCGUUGAAGCCAUCCAGAUCCGAGGCUAAAGCCUAUAGAAAUUGUACCCGGAUCGUACUUCUAGUUAAUGCCGUGUGAUUCAUCAAAUGAUUAUAUGUCCAAUCCACAAUUAGCAGUGCGCUGCUGCCGCUCUAUGUAUAUGGAAAUAGACGUAUUUGCACAAGAACUUGGGAUUGGCUGUGCCAUGAACCCCCAGUUAGGAAAAAAGAUCUUCAAAGGAAUUUUACUGGUGGAAUUGCUCGGAGUUGCAGGAGCAUAUGCACUAUAUUUUAAAAUGGAUACAAGUCAAGAUUUCAGGCAACAAAUGUGCAGGAGAUUGCCAUCUAUCCUAGAAGUUUAUUACAAAUGUAAUGAGUGGUCUGGUACUUACGGAAUAAGGGAGAGAGAUCAAGAGUCAUGGUUAAGCAACAAAAACUAGAAGUAAGUAGAAAUAACUUUUAAAGAGGUGACAUUAAAAGCUUUUAUGUUUAUUUUCUGGUCUUUUUACUUCUGUGUUUGUUUUUCAGCAUUUUAUGUCUAAACUUCUUUUUCUGCUUGAUGAUACUUUUAACAUCUCGAUUGUGAAUCCACCUGUCACGGUCUUCUUCCCAUCUGAGCUGUUUGACAUCUAAUGGAGGGAGACAAAGCAGAUUAGAUAAGUUAAUGCAGUGACUACAUUCUGUGAAAAUUUGGCAUUGGAGUUACAUUGAUGCAAACAAUAUUACCUAAGCCAAAGAGAUUCAAAGGCCAUAAUAAAGCAUGACCGGCAAACUUUCCAGCAUAUUUUGUCCUCGUAAAAACAAUGUUUUAUGUAAUAUAUUCUGCUAAUAAAUAAAAAGUUUCCCACUCGC